AAGAAGAUAAAGCAGUCUGUUUACGGUUGUUAAAUUAGAGUUGGCGGUUGUAGUUUUCUUUUGUGGCCAAGCUGAAGAAGAUAUCUGGCAUGCAGGGCGUUUGCAGUAAAAACGCUUAAUUUGUUCGGUAUUUUAACAUAUUUGUUGCUCUUUGGGAGACUGUCCUGUCUUUGCAGCAUCAUGGCAUCUGGAGGAAUUUCUCUCAUCAACAUGUCAUAUUGGGAAUGUGGUAAAAGGAGGAUGCGAUUCUUGUAUCUUACAAACAACAACUCGUUUAAUGUUGCCAAACCAAGCACAAACGUGGAUCAGAUGAUACCUCUCUUUCUUGGAGCUGAUCUGUUCUCAGACACCAAUGUUCGCAGUGAAAACCAGUCCAGAUACCAUGCAAAAUUUGCUAAACGAGGGUUGGCAACCAAACUGGUUUUCCCAUCAGACUACAGAUUCCAAGGACUGCGACUCCCUUAUGCCAACAACAGUCUGUGGUUCUAUAGUGUUCAUGGAGUUUUUCGAGUGGCAUUUGAACUGUAUAGCAAACAAGAUCAGCUCUUAGUUAUGGAGUCGUUUCAGGAUCUAUGGAAAUCUCGAAUAAAUGACAACAACUUAAACAUGACCUAUCAUCUUGGUGCCCAGGAUGUUCAACCCCAAAAUGAUCAAGAGGCGCAAACAAUUUUGGAAAAUAAUAGAACAUGUUCAUCAUACCAAGCCUAUCGUCGGUCUGGCGAAGUAGAAACAAACUUCUUUCCUAUAGCCACAGAUCAGUCAGAUAUUUCAUCAUCUUCAGACCAUGACUACUGUUCCUCAGAGCAAACAAACAUAAGCCAGUCUAAUUUACUUGCACAGAAACUUCAAAGCCUAGGGGAAAAAGUGAAGUUAUUUACAAGUAUUGAAGCAGAACAUUUAAAUACUGCCACAAAGGUCCUGGACUGUGUUGAAUACUGCAUUACUGGGAUGAUUGAUGAGGAAAAACUGAUGGAAACUGUGAUGGCCCUGUUCCAGACUCAUUUUCAGAGCUACUCCAUCUACUCAAGCAGUCUGCUGAAGGCUGUGGCAGGUUGGCUUGGCCAGCAGUUCAAUGCAGCCAACAGCACCAUUAGCCACCGGGUUGAAGGUUUUAAGGCCCAACACAUUGAGCACAUUACAAACCUGCCACCUCCAGAGGAGCUGGCUACUGAACUUUUCCCAGAGGCAAUGCGAAAUCUUCUUGCACACUGGAUGGGUCUGAGUGACGAGGCAGAAAACUGGAAAAGACACAGCGAAUACCCCAUUUUAUUACUUAUUCUAGAAUUUGCUAAUCACAAUCUUAUCACAGGAGUAGCUCAUGUUUUGUAUUCCAGUCUUAUAUGCAAAUAAGUAUACUUCGAUGUAGGUUACAUAUACAUUACAUAUCAUUUGGUCGCAAAUUUGUAGGUUUAUAGCCUUAAAACACUAAUGAUUCCAAAUAAAUAGUUUCUUUAAAAGUCAAAUGUUUAUGUCCUUUCCACAGCUAGCAGUUGACAUAUGCAUUAUUUUGUCCUAAAAGGAAUAAAAAGACUCUCAUGGUUUUAGGCCAACCUAUUAAAAAUGAUGAAUAUGAAAACAUUUUGCAUACUGUAAAGAAUGUUUAAUGCAAUCACACUGUGAAUUUGAGAGUUUGAGAGGAAUCUGAAUUAAAUGUUAAUGAAAAUA